UUCUGACAAGCAUGGGGAACUGAGAGAGACCCAGGUAGUGACCCACAUACGUUAUACUGGGAUGGAAGGAAGCGGCACCGCACAGAGUAUUGGGUCAGAAUCAAGCAGUGUCCUGGAUCUUUCCUGGACCUAUGACCUAUGCGAUGCGUUGCAGAAUGAGCAUUGUAAAGAUACAUGUGCCGAUAGCUUUCCUUCUAUUUUCUCAUCCUCAUCAUCUGGGCCAGUGGAGGAAGAUGCAGAUUCAUCAACAUUGAAAAAUAAAGAAACCGUGGCAGAUGACGACAGACAGUUUCUUGAAACUAUGGACUCUUUUUAUGAAUUGAAUUGUCAGGACAAAUGCAAUCAAAAAGAAGUUACAGUCUCACAGCAACUCUCUGCGAAAAUAUCAGACUUGCGAGUAAAGAAUCAUAUGUAUGCACUGCGUAGCUUUCAGAUGGCAAGAGUUAUUCUAAAUCGAGAUGGAACAAAUGUUUUAAGAAACCCUUCUAAAGAUACUCCCUUCUCAUCACAAAAGGACGAACAGCUAAUUGUGAAUAAAAGACCCAUACCGGGGAUUUCAGAAGAUGUUGCUAAUUUUAUCAUACAUAACAAUAAAACAUAAUUGGUUGUUUUACAAAUACUCUAUUUGAUGUCAGUGGAACAAGGUUAUAAACCUUCAUUGGACAUUCCAGAAAAGUGAUUAUAUCAACCUCAAUUAAACCCCUGGCCCAUUUUCCGACUGCGGAGUCUGCCCACUGGUAUACCCCCGAUGGUGCCAUCUGCACCCUGCACACUGUGCCAAAGCAGAUCCACCUCUUCUCCUUGAAACCAUGUGAAAGAAGAGCAUGUCAACGUCACAACGAAAUGUGACAUGGCGUUGCAUGCCUCCAUGCAUCUCCAGGUCCUCCACUGUCCAGCCGCGGCCAUCGCAACACACACUGACAGACACACACAGUCACUGACAGACACACACAGUCACUGACAGACACACACAGUCACUGACAGACACACACAGUCACUGACAGACACGCUCACUGACAGACACACAUAUUUAUACAGUCUUGCACACACUCACAAAUCAUUUUAUUUAUUGCUGUCACUCCCUACCUUUGGGAGCUGGUUUGGGGCUUCUCCCUGGGGUCGUGUGGGGAUCUUCUCUCUGGUGGUCUCCCUCCCUGCUCCCUCACGCUCAUAGUUUAGUGAUGCUGGGCUGGAAUGACGUCCUAUUCUCGCUCCCGGAAUCACCACAGAGGGCGUGUGUGAGCAGUGAGGAGCAAGAAGAACAGACUGUUCUCCCUCAUUGCGCCUGCAAUGUGGGGAGAGCAGGUGCCUAUUUGUCUCAACAGUAAUCACUGCUCCGGGGACACCCCUAGGUGGCAAGCUGUCUACCACUUGGGCCCUCUGUUACACUCCAUCUACUAGCGGACUACUUAUUCUCAUCAGGAUAGUUGCUGUCAUCUUACCUAUAGCAUGUUAUUAACCACAUACAUAAAGUGGAUUGUCAUCUAUUUAACCCUUAAGAAUGCUGACAUAUUUACACAAAGUCAGGCUUCAAAUAACAAAGUGCCUGGAGUCUGUAUGUGCAAUAAAAGACUGCACUUGUGGAGUUUAA